UUUGGGAACCCCUGCUUUAGAGUAAAGGUGGCUGUAGAAAUGAGCAUCUGUGUGAUGCCAAAUAUUAUAGAUCUAUUGAGAAUAUACAGCAAAACCACUCUGAAUGGUCGACCCUUGAACUCAGUCAUUAUUUGUAAAAGAGGAAUCACAAAUGGGAACAGUCAUUCUUUCAUUGCAGAUCUGUGAGGAAAGAAGAACUGGUAGUGUUGGCUGCAGAAGACUGAGGUUGGUGUUUUUGAGAGGCAGAGGGGGUGUGUCUGUGUCCCAUACGGGUAUCUGCCUUGGAGAGACUGAGCAGAGGCGGGAAAUGGCGCCUGGUAACACAGCGAUGUGUCAUAUCGGAGACGGCCCUUGAGCAGAGAGAGAGAUAGAAAAACUCGGAUCUGAUCACGAAAACAACCUCUGCCUCUGCUGUGAUGGUUCAAUGGUGUUGAGUCGUUAUCAGCAGACACUGCGGAUCACCGUAAACCUUACAUGUGACUGCAAAAACAAUGAGGCUGAGAAUGCGUAAGGCGUCUCAGCAGCCGAACCCCAGCCUGGCGAGCCGCCCAUCCCGUACCAAGCGGAGGCACUCCGAAGUCGAAGAAGACACUCCUACGAGUGGAGGGAGGGGCUUGUUCUCGACCAUCAAAAAGUUCAUCAGAGGAAAUGCUGUCAAGGUUCAGCAGGAGAGCCCAGCCAAGAAGACGCGACUGCAUUGUGAUGUUGACAACAACCUGAUCACCUCCACAACCCCGAAUGCCAACACCCCUCGCAAGACUAUCAGCAGGGUCGGCAGGAGAAGCUCCCUCAAUGGACAGGCAACCAAUCAUGACAGGAGUAAGGAGAAGCCCAAUGGCAGCCUGGGGGAGACGACAGCUGUUGAGCUGCCCACUAGUCCUCCCAGGACCACCCUACUGGGAACCAUCUUCUCCCCAGUUUUUAACUUUUUCUCACCAGCUAAAAAUGCCCCCUCUGGCUCAGACUCUCCAGACCAGGCGUUGGAGGCUGAGGAGAUAGUCAAGGAGCUGGAGAUGGAGCAGCCUGUGGAGACACCCACCAGCACAGCCACAUCCACGCAGGAAGUGUGUGUCCCCACUAACUUCUACUCCAGUGUAACCCAGCUGCCGCCUCUGCGACCGCCGCACAUCCCUGAGGUGUCUCCCAUGGUGGUGGAGGGAGAGCUCGCAGCUGAUGCAGACCUUCCACCCCUCACAGCUCCAGGUUCCAGUCCUGAAAUGGCGUACGUGGACUCCCCGCCUGCCGCAGUGCCACCUGAGGCAACCUAUGAGGAGGACUGGGAAGUCUUUGACCCGUAUUUUUUCAUCAAACACGUCCCUCCACUCACGGAAGAGCAGCUCACCCGUAAGCCAGCCCUGCCUCUAAAGACACGCAGCACGCCUGAAUUCUCUCUGGUCUUAGACCUGGAUGAGACGCUAGUUCACUGCAGUUUAAACGAGCUGGAGGAUGCAGCACUUACCUUCCCUGUUCUCUUUCAAGAUGUCAUUUACCAGGUGUAUGUGCGCCUAAGGCCGUACUUCAGAGAGUUUUUGGAGCGUAUGUCUCAGAUCUAUGAGAUCAUUCUCUUCACAGCCUCUAAAAAGGUGUAUGCAGACAAACUGCUCAACAUCCUGGAUCCUAAAAAGCAGCUAGUAAGACACCGGUUGUUUCGGGAGCAUUGUGUCUGUGUCCAAGGAAACUACAUCAAGGACCUCAACAUCUUAGGCAGAGACCUGUCAAAGACCAUCAUCAUCGACAAUUCACCACAAGCCUUCGCCUAUCAGUUAUCUAAUGGGAUCCCCAUAGAGAGCUGGUUCAUGGACAAAAAUGACAAUGAGCUCCUGAAGCUGGUGCCCUUCCUGGAGAAGUUGGUGGAGAUGAACGAGGAUGUGAGGCCCCACGUUCGGGAGCGGUUCCGUCUUCAUGACCUGUUGCCCCCGGACUGAACUGGACCACAGUCUCUCAGAAUGGGACUCCACAAACAGACUGAAACAACAUGCGUGUAAAAAGCCUUUCUUUGGAUUACAAACUACAACAUUGCCAUUACAGUUGAAAUUUGGCCCUAUUUUUCUUUAUUUUUUCUUUUUUAAACCCACCAUUGCUUUUUAAAACUUUAAAAGAAAAUGUUUUUAAAACGUCUGGGUACAAAUUUUCUUAAAAAUCUAGAUAUGUGGAUGAAAUGACUCUGUCAACACGCCCAGGUAACUCCUCUUUGUGACUGACUCUCCAGCUAUGGAGACAGACAUUGUCUACACACUCUCCUGCUUGUCUUGGUGCUGGUUUAGUGGAUCUGAAAACGCCCGCCAGCAAAGAGGAAGUCUACCCUGACCGAGUUUCUGACCCUAAACCAACCCCCCUGGUGCUCACGCUGUUGACACUGACGAAUAACGACACUCUGGCUACAGACCAUUUUCGGCAGGAAUGACUGGCCUGUAAAUGAAUCUGUGCAUGUGUGUUUGUUUACUCCUAGCCACACACAAACACAAACACACACACUGAUUUGGUGUUUGGCAAACCUACAAUCUGUAGCCUUUACAUCAUAUGCAUUCCUCCGUAGCUGAGUCAAGUUUCUAUUGUUGGUUGCAGUUUUUUUUUUCUGGUAAAACUGGUGUUUCAUUGUUUAAAAAAAAAAAAGAUAGCGUUUCAAGGUGUUUUACUUCUGUUUGUAAGAUAUGAUGUUUUAAAAGGGGUUAUGUACGUUUUGUUGUAGGCCUUUUUCCUGCAACAAAACACGGGUGUGUGUUAAUCGACAGUCCGCUGCAAAUGAAAUGGAAUCAAUCCAGGACUUAAAAGAAUAGUUUGUUCUCUUUCUAACAAAUAGAGGUGUGAAUGAAUGUGUUUGCUUCACUGUUGACAUCAUGGCUCCUUAAUUAAAUGUUAGGAAUAAGAACCUUCUUAUCUGUAAAUCUGACACAUUGUAAAGGUUUGAGGGCAUUCAUUUUUAAAGUGAUCCAUGUCAACCUUUCUUUAAAACUAGUAUUCGAUUUAUUUUUUUCAUUCGUCUAUAACCAGUAUUUUCUUUCUCUCCUAAUCAAACAUACUGGCGAAGUCAGAGCAGUUUUUUUUAGUUUUAAUGUGUAAGUUGAUGGCUAUAUCAGUAGCAUUAUAACUAAUGUAGCACAUCUCUGCCAGUGUGUCAUGAAGUCUACCCAUGGUAGGAAUCUAUGGCCAGACCUUGUACCAGCCAUAACUGGCACCAGCAACAUACUGUUCAGUCGGCUCAGCUGGCUGCUCCUCUACCUGUUUCACAUGUUUUACUUUGUACUCAUUAGCUUUUGUGUUUUUUUCUUUUUUUAUGUUUAGCACGGUUUAAAGCGUUGUGUUUAAGAAUGGUAACUAUAUGAAUGUGUAUCUGCCCAACUUCAGCCUGGAACACUCAACGCCAAACUGACAUAUUACUCCUCUUUUGUUUCAACCUGAUUUAUGUAAUAAUGAAACAAACAGCAGGCAGAGACAUGGAUGCUGAGUGAGCGUCCUUCGAAGCAUAAACCUGAUAGAAAAAGACAAAAAAAUCGAGUUAACUCAACCCUUAAAAAUUUGGCAUGCAUUGUUGAACCUUUUUCAGAUCAAUUUGAAUCAAAGUGCAUUUUAUGUUGAAGUAAAUGUGAGUGUUUGGAUUCGUCUGGGUUGCCUGUACAGUGCCAUAAGAUUCUCCUCCUCACAAGCCCCUCCCCCAAAUCCCCACCCCCAAAAAAAGCUGAGAUAGAAAGAGACAAUCAGACCUCAAAGCUCUCGCAGAUACUGAAAUAAGAACACACCCACCUUCCCCUUUUCUUUCAGUGUGCCGUAAGUGUUGUGUACUGUGAUUCCAUUGAGUUGCAACCACCCAUGAGUUCUCUGCAGGUGAACCCUGCUGUGCCCGGUCCAAACAAUCCCUGCCGCUCACUUUGAACGCAGGUUCUGUUCAGAGAUGGUUUCCAUCCGUUCAGCGUCGGUUCAUCUUUGCCUUUUUGUUGUCACCAGAAGUUCGUAGCUCUACAGAAAUUAGAAUUAGUUUGUGUUCAAGUAAAGUUGUUACAGGGCACAAUAGUGUGUGUGCUCUGACGUUACGUUAUGAGCACACGUCCAGACUAUGAAUGUAAAUUGUAAAUGGGGGUGAUAUCUUAAGUGUUUUCUAAAUUCCUUAAUGUGUUCUUUCCUCACAAACAAGAACAAAACGACGAGGCACGACGGCAGCUAAUCUCUGCUGUUCAAAUGUUGAAUAGGAGGCGAGGACAAAGUGUAUGGAAGAGGAAAUGCUUAAAGUCCCACCAUUGUUUUCCCCUUCCUUGCUCCCCCCCCCCCCCCCCCCAUUGCCCUCCCACCAUCCUGACUGCCAGCUUUCAGUAUGCAAGCCUCACCCUGAGUGUGAUGCAGCCUGGGUGUGCUCGUCUCCUCAGCGGGCUGUGCCAUGAUGUAAGUUAUCAGUCAUGGCUUGUUUUUGAAGGACCGGUGUGAGGCGUUUAAUACUUGUCAUCCAGCUCAUUUUUAUGUGCAUUACCUGUUUAUUGUACACUGAGUGUUGUACAAUACAUGCAGCUUCAUGUUUAAAAAAUCCUUAAAAUAAGGAAAAUCUUUUGUAUUUUUGAUUUCAAAAGGCAUGUCAUAUCUACUUUUUAAAUGUAUUAAUGAAGAUUUAACUUUACUUCAGAUGGAGUGUUUUUUUUCUUACAAAUAUCUGUAUGUUUAGUUUAGCGCAAAUGUUACUGAACUGUUAAACUUAGCAUGUAGAGAAAACAGCCUGCUUAGUAGGAAAGUCCUGAAUUAAAUUUUAAUCUUGGCACUUUUCUGCAGAAAAGAGCAAUCGUGUUAAUGAUUUUUUUUUUCAAUAUCCGUUAAGCCAUUUUACUUGCAAGAAUUGCUAUUUGUGCUGAAGAUGUAUUUAAAAUGUUUUAAGACAUCUUUGUUAGCCGUCGGGCUACAUGCUAUUGUAAAGUGUAUAUACAGUUACAUUGAAUUUCUGAAACAAAGUUUUAAAGUUAAAAACCUC